CGAACAAAUCAAACCGUGUGACCCAGGUUCUCAGUCGCCUUCCAGUCCCCCACCAUUAUAUAAUACUUGUAGGGUUUACCCUGCAACUAUUGCGGCAGGGGUGCGGGGGUGCCGGGGGAGCCUCUUUUCCUCCACCAUGGACGAUUUCGAGCGCGCGAUCGUGGUCAUCUACGAAUCCACUGGCGGAAGCGCAGAAUCCAACCUCUUCUUGCAAGCCAUUGAGUUCUGCGACCGCCUCAAAGCUGGCCCCCCUUCUACUCUCCUUCGCCUCUGCCUCGAGCACCUCCACCGUUGCAAUCUCGUUCCAGUUCAAUUCUGGUGCCUCCAGUCCCUCCACGACGUCAUUCGCCUCUCCUACUCCUCCCUCGACGACCUCCCGCUCCUCCGUGCCUCGCUUUUGUCAUUCUUAUCUGAUCUCUCCUUUCUUGCUUCUUCCCCGCCUUUCCUCAAGAACAAACUCGCGCAGGCACUUGCCGCACUUAUCCGGCUCGAGUACCCUUCUCUUUGGCCUUCCCCUUUUCUCCAUAUUCUAUCUCUUCUGCCUUCCCCUGCAGCAGUAGACAUGUUCUCCCGCUUGCUUACUGCUCUUGAUGACGAUCUAAUCAGCCAGGACUACCAUCUUUCAUCGGAUGAUGUCGCCGCUGCCACCCGAGUCAAGGACGCUAUGCGCCUUCAGUGCAUACCUCAGAUCGCACGCGCUUGGUUUGACAUCGCGUCACUCUACCGAUCCUCCGAUCCCGGCCUCGCCGCCUCAACUCUAGAUACUAUGCGUCGGUAUGUUGUCUGGAUCGACAUUGGUCUUGUUGCUAACGAUGUCUUCCUUCCCCUUCUAUUUGACCUAAUCCUCUCCCAUAUCACUCCGGAGCCUCUUCGUGCUGCGUCCGCGGGAUGUGUUCUCGCGGUUGUGUCCAAGCGGAUGGAUCCUCAUUCCAAGCUUAAUCUUCUGCGAUCGUUACAGCUGUACCGGGUUCUAGCUGAAUCUGAGCUUGUGCAAAAGCUACCUGCGCUUGUUAUUGGGUAUGCUUCCGAGGCUUUGGAUUGUUAUAAGAGACUAGGUUCUGAAAACGAGGGCUCCUCUUCUGCGAUGGAGAUUUUGGAAGACGCGUUGCCUUCAGUUUUUUAUGUAAUGCAGAACUGCGAGGAGCUGGACGCAGGCAAUGUGGUCGAGUUCCUCUCGGAUUACAUAUCUACUAUUGAAAUGCCUUCACAAAAACAAAUGGUUUACGUUGGUCGGAUGCUGGAGGUGAUUCAUGGACAGAUAUGUUAUGAUCCUACUUUUAGAGAAAAUCUGGAUGUUCGUGACAAGAUUGGUAAAGAACAGGAGGAUCAGAUGGCCGAGCACAGGAAGGACUUAUUUGUGCUGUUCAGGAGUGUUUGCCGUGUAGCUCCGGAUGUUACGCAGUUGUUUGUCCGCAGCUUGAUUACUCGUGCGCUUUCCUCCUCGGAUAUGUCUGUAGAGGAAGUUGAAGCCGCUCUGGCAUUGUUCUACCGAUUAGGUGAGACGGUGAGUGAGGAUGGGAUGAAGACAGGCAGUGGAUUGCUAAGGGAGAUGGUGCCGUGUCUUCUGUCUGCCAAGUUUUCAUGCCAUUCUCAUAGGUUGGUCGCUCUUGUAUAUUUGGAGACGAUCACUAGGUAUUUGAAGUUUGUACAGGAGAAUCUACAGUAUAUACCCAAUGUGCUUGCUGCCUUUUUGGACGAGAGAGGGGUACAUCAUCCAAAUCUUAAUGUGAGUAGAAGGGCUAGCUACCUGUUUAUGAGAGCAGUGAAGCUACUGAAACCCAAGCUAGUGCCUUUCAUUGAUACGAUUCUGCAAAGUUUGCAAGGUGCCAUCGUUCAAUACACAAGUUCAGAUUGGACAUCUAAGGAUCUCAAGUGUACUGGUUUUGAGGAUGGCAGUCAUGCAUUUGAGGCAAUUGGGAUGUUGAUUGGUGUGGAAGAAAUUCCUCCAGAGAAGCAGUCAGAAUACCUUGCAGCCCUGCUUAAACCUCUUUGUCAACAAGUUGAGAUGCUACUCAUGGAUGCAAAAGUUCACGGGAUUGAGGAAUGUUCACCUAAAGUUAUGAGAGCACAGCAGAUUAUUGUGGCUGUAAAUGCUCUCAGCAAGGGCUUUAGUGAGCGGACUGUGACAGCUAGUCGCCCUGCAAUUGGAUUGAUGUUCAGGCAGACAUUGGAUAUUCUUCUGCAACUACUGGUCACAUUUCCAAACAUAAAACCCUUACGCAAUAAGGUUACAUCAUAUCUUCAUCGCAUGGUUGAACUAUUGGGAACAGUGGUCUUGCCCUAUCUUCCAAUGGCAUUUAAACAAUUGCUUGUGGAUAGUGAGCCAAAAGAUAUGGUGGAUUUACUUGUUCUACUCAAUCAAGUGAUUUGCAAAUUUGGCACCUCUUUGGAGAGCAUAUUGGAGGAAAUAUUCCCUACAAUAGCAAGCCGAGUAUUCCUUACGCUAUCAAGAGAGUUCCCUUCUGGUCAUGCGAGCAAUACAGAGGAAAUGCGGGAAUUGCAAGAACUUCAGAAAAUUUCAUUUGCUUUCAUUCAUGUUAUGGUAACACAUGAGCUCUCUUCCGUUUUACUUGCACAAAAUAGUAGGGGGUAUUUGGAUGGUAUAAUGCAGUUACUGUUGUUAACCUCAUGCAGUCAUACAGACGUUCUAGUGAGGAAGAUCUGUGUGCAGAUUUUUGUUAAACUUAUUAAAGACUGGUGCUCUAAAGAUAUUGAUGAAGACAGGGUUCCUGGUUUUCGGAGCUUCAUUAUUGAGAAAUUUGCAUCUAAUUGCUGCUUGUACAGUGUCUUGGACAAGUCAUUCGAGUUCCGUGAUGCUAAUACGGUAGGAGUAUCUCUGAUUCUUUUUGGAGAAAUCUUAUCAGCCCAGAAGGUAAUGUAUGAUAAGUUUGGCGAUGAUUUCAUUGUUUAUUUCGUCUCCAAAGGCCUACUGGCUGGUCAUUGUCCACAAGAUUCCGCAGAGCAGUACUAUCAACAUUUACAGGGAAAUGAUAAAUCAUUUAAAUCUUUCUACCAAUCUUUGAUUGAGAACUUGAGACAACAGCAAAAUGGAAGACUUAUUUUCAGAUAGCAUUAAUUUUACUAGUAGCUUGAGACAAAUUUUUUAUCGCUCCAGUAUUAAAGUUUGUAAGUAUUUCAACAUUCAAGUUCAGGAUGCAGUUUCUCCUGUAUAAUGCCUGCAACAUUUUUGAUCAUGAAG